GAUCAAUAGAAAUAUGGAUAUUUUGGUGUAAUAUUUCUCUCCCAAAUAAAGUUGGAUUAUACGUCAAUAUGGCAUCAAUUAUAAAGAACCAGAUAUUGAAACAUCUGUCUAAGUUCACAAAGAACUUAACACCAGACCGUAUCAACAUAAGCACACUAAAAGGUGAAGGUGAACUAGCCAACUUGGAGCUAAAUGAACAAAUUCUGAUGGAACUCCUAGACUUGCCUACCUGGCUGAGAUUAUCUAAGGCAGUAUGCAACAAAGUACAAAUUAAGAUUGCAUGGACAAAGUUGAAGACGAUUCCUAUAUGUGUGUUUCUGGAUGAGGUGGAGGUUGAGAUGGAAACCUGUGAUGAACCAAGGAAACCUAGCAACACUUCACAAAUGCCUAGUUACAGCUCUGGAGGAAAGUAUGGCUUCACAGACCGUGUGGUUGAUGGCAUUAGUAUGUCUAUCAACUCUGUCACUGUCAACUUCAAGUCACAUGCAUUCCAGGCUUCAAUACAGAUCUCUCGGAUUCUUGUGAAUAGCUGUACACCUAACUGGGCAAAGGCUACUGAUCUACGUCAUUCCAGAGUCAAGGACACUAUUCAAGAUGCCCUCAUCAUAUUUAAAGAGGUGGAGUGGCAGACGCUCCGUAUAGAAGCUAAUGCAAUAGCCUCCAAGGACAAGUCUUUUACCACUACUCCUUUGAGGCUCAUUUCAAACCAAGCCAAGAUCAGAAUUUCCAUCAAAAAGUCAUUAAAUGAUUGCAGUAUGUUAGCAACGAAGCUACAGUUCAACUUAGAUGACCUUCUAUGGGUCCUGACUGACUCUCAACUUAAAGCUAUGUUGCUAUUUAUGAAGUCCCUCAAACAAAUCAUUGAGAAAUCCUCUGAACAAACUAAGCGACUCGCGGGAGAAAAAGUCAAAAAACAGUCCUCAAUGGACAAGCCACCACCUAGUCGACAAAACAGGAAGUCCUCACCCUCACAGACUGCUGAGUCUGCCAUGAACAAACUAUUUGCAAAGUUAGACAUCAAAGAAACGUCAUAUCAUCUUUAUACAGGUCGACUCGAUCUUCAUCUAUGUGAUGAUACAACAGCAGUCGACAGGAAGAAGAUUCAGUUUAACCCAACUACUGACAAGGCCCACAACAGACAUAUAGAGGGCGGUGCUAUGCAAGUGACCUUGUACAAGCUGUCAUUGGACCACUACCCCUUCCAUCCUGCAGGGUCAGACCGCAAGCACUGGGCCAAGUAUGAUGACGGCAUGGCAGCAAGACAGGCCUGGGUGAAGCAACUGUUUUCAUCAUUCACUGAAGACUUUUC